AUGGCUGCAGAGAGGUUGCAUGGUCCUCAAAGGCAUCGUCUGUGUCUGUGGAGGAAGAAUGUACAUGAUCUCUCCUGCAGGCUGCUGUGCUGCUGCUGCUCCUGUGUGGGAGGUGAGGACAAAGAACUACUACCUGACCAGAGCCAGAGAGGGCAGAGCGGGGAGAGGGAUACACAGCUGGAGUGGACUUGUCUGGGGGACGACCAGGGGAUCUCAGGGGAGGGAGAGGCCAGUGCUAUCCACAUCACGGUGGAGGAUCUUGGGCUGGCCAACCCUAGCUUCAAUCUGACCAAAGAGGUUUCACCAGUCCAGAUGCUCAGUGCUGUUAGUCCAUCUUCCAACUCUGUGUCGGCCGUCCGCAGGGCACUGAAGAAGAAAAGACUGCUGAAACCUCUGUCCUCCCUUCCUCUCCAGCAGAGAGGAGACCAGCCGGGAGGAGACCAGCUGGGAGGAGACCAGUCGGGAGGAGACCAGUCGGGAGGAGACCAGUCGGGAGGAGACCAGCCGGGAGGAGACCAGCCGGUAGGAGACCAGCCGGGAGGAGAACAGACAAAGAGGAGAAGCCCAGCCAGCGAGGAAGAGCGUGGGGCACACCAGAGGAGAUACAUUACAGGUGAGGGGGAGCAGCGUGAGGCAAUGCAGGAGCAGGAGAUAGAGGUAGCGGAGGAGGAGGACUCAAUUCUGUUUGACACACCUGGCGGCUCAGGUACAGGUAGCCUCCUCACCCCACCUGUCAUCAACCUGAUCCCUCCCACUCCCUCUGACGUCAUCGAUGAAGACCAGUUCUUUGAUGACAUCAUCUCGGACGAGGAGAGCAUGGCGCACACGUAUGGGACUGGUAGUGAUGGGAGUAGCAACACCGCCGGAGACCGGGAAGAAGAGGAAGAGGAGGAGAGGAUGGAGGAUUUGGACCAGGAGCCUGAAGAGGAGGGGACCAAGAGAGACGCAGAGACCAUGGAGAGGCAAAUGGUGGAUGGGAGUAAAGGGUAUCUGGGAGAACCAGACCAGGAGGUGCUCCUUCACGCUCCAGCCCCUGAGAGGGAGGGGGAGGUCAGGUCUGCUGAGGAGAAGGAGAGACCCAAGCCCAGCUUCCUCUGUAGUGCCUACCAGGUGGCUCCUCUACCUGAGUACCCCCGGAAGAGGAGCUUCAACUCGAGCAUCAAUCUGCUGUUGUUCACUGAGCACAACCUGGAUGACUGGAGCAACGCGGACGCCAGUUGCCAUGAGUUACUGAGAGCAGAACUGCGACUGCUUCCUCUCAGAACCAAGAUGGAGGCCUCUAUCUACCAAAGGUUGGUACGAGGGUACGAGGUUGUCUAA